AUCUUUAGUCCUCCAUCUCUUCAUUGAGGGGUUUUUUACGUCCGUCUCAUCUUUUAGUGGGGACAUCUCCUGGUAUGCAAAGCUCCGCUGUCUCUCAAAAGGUUGAAGCCUUGGACAAAGAUGCCAACACUUUAUAAGCAGAUGUUGCUUUAUUUGGGAGAAUUCUUGUGCACCAGCUCCGACAGUGGGAAUGCCUGAGAAAGACUGAAGUGCAGUGCAACUCCCAAAGCAAAAGAGGGUGAGGCCAAGGAUUAUGUUGCCUGCAACGAUCACGGCAGCGCUGAUCUUUUUCAUGGUGCAAAGAUCUGGAGCCUUGGCCCCUGGAACAGCAUGCUGGGACGAACGUCUGUCACGAGCGGGGAGAAACAGCAGCUGUGUGGCUUCACAGCCUUUCCUGAUAUUUGGUCACGGUAAAGCCAUUCACCGGAUGGACCUCGACGGAAAGAACCACAGAAGGCUUGUGGCCGGCGUGGGAAGCUCGAUGCUGUUCGACUUUCAUUUCAGAGAAGAGGAAGUUUAUUGGGCCGACACACACAGUGGGAUCAUCUACAAAGCGUCAGUGAGGGGAGCACACAAACAGAAACUUUACUCGUCUGACAAACACAUUUCGGGUCUUGCAGUGGACUGGGUCGGUAACUCUGUGUAUUGGGCGAGUCAAGAAAAGGGAAAAAUUAAGAGAAUGGACUUGAAUGGGAAAAAUGAGAGAACAGUUUUGAGACACUUGAUCCAACCGAGUUCUGUAAUAGUCGAGCCCACUAACAGGUUAAUUUUUUGGCUGUCUGGUGGAACGAGUCCAAGUAUCCGACGGUCCGACGCGACGGGGCAGGUGAAAGCGACGCUUGUGAAGAUUCAGGAAGAACUGAAAACACUGACAAUCGACCGACAAGACGGACGGCUGUUCUGGGUUCAGUUUGGUCUGCAGGGAGAGAGUGCCAUCGCCUCUUGUGAUUACAACGGAAACGGCCUUCAAGUCAUAGAUCAGCCACUUUGGUCUCCGACACUGGAGAUAUCAGUUUUCCGGGAGUACUUGUACUACACCGACGCUGCAUCUCGGGCUAUAAAGCAAGUGGACAAGUACAGUGGUGGAAAGCCGGUGGAUGUUAAUAAAAGACAAAUGGCGAAACCCCCUGUUCACAUUAAGGUGGUACAUCCCCUCAACCAGCCGUUGACAGAUCCCCUCUCGUCAUUCACAGGUUGCGACAAACGCGGUGGAAACUGUGUGAACAUUUGCUCGAACCAAGCUGAGCAAGGGGUUUGUCAGUGCGAUGAGGGCUUUUCUCUCAGUCAGCAAGGCACUUACUGUGAAGAUGUAAAUGAAUGUGCCCACUGGAACCACGGAUGCUCUCUUGGCUGUGAAAACAUCCCAGGCUCUUAUUUCUGUACGUGUCCGAAAGGAUACGCCCUCCUGCCAGACAGGAAGACGUGUCGAGAGAUCACACCAUGUGACGGCAAUGAUAUGACUAAGAAGUGUGGCCACGGAUGUCUGAUGACAGAUGAGGGCGUGGUCUGCGUGUGUCCUCAGGGAUCUAUACUACAGGAGGAUGGACACGCCUGUACUGGCUGCACAUCAUCAGAUCUGGGAGGCUGCAGUCAGGUCUGCACUCCCAUCAGCCCCAGUAAGUGGCAGUGUGAAUGUCUGCCUGGCUACCAGCUCCACCAUGAUGGCAUGCGGUGCAUUGCAACCGGACCACCUCCCUAUUUGCUGGUUGCUAAUUUAGUUGACGUGCGGAGAAUUAAUCCUGAUGGCACCGGUGACCAAAUCCUGGUGGACGAGCCCAGAGGAGCAAUCACAGCUUUGGACUACGACCCACUCCAGAACAAAGUGUACUUCACUAGUUUAAGCCGAAAGACAAUCGAGUGGAUCGAUCUGAACGGCCAAUCCAAAGGCAUCGUUGUCUCUGAGGAUCUGAGCUCUCCGGAGGGACUGGCGAUCGACUGGGUCAACCGCAGGAUGUACUGGACUGAUGAGAGCCGCUCAACUGUUGACUCCAGUACCUUGUUCGGACUAAACAGAGAAACUAUUGUGACCAAAGGAGUGGAAAAACCCAGAGGAAUCGCAGUUCAUCCUCUGGCAAAGAAGUUGUUCUGGACUGAUAUCGGAGCCCAGCCUGUGGUGGAAAGUGUCUCUCUGGACGGUAAAGACCGACGCGUCAUCGCAAGCACCAACCUUGUGUCGCCGAGCGGCCUGGCCAUCGACUUCACCGACGAGCGUCUGUUCUGGUGCGACCAGCAGAGCGGUCGGGUAGAGACCGCUGCCCUGGACGGCUCCGACCGAAGAGCCCUGUUAGAGAACCAAGUAGGUCGACCUUUUGCCCUCGCGGUAUUUGAGGACGGGCUCUGGAUCUCGGAUCGCGAGCACCAGCAGCUGAGAAGCGUACACAAGCGGACAGGGAAGAAACUGCAAAGUAUCCAUGGCAACACGGUCCAAGCGACAUCCAUUGUGAUUGUCCAUCCGCUUGCUAAACCAGGGGCAGAUGUUUGUCUUCAUCAGAACGGCGGUUGUUCCCAAAUGUGUGAAAGCAAACUAGGAUUUGCCCUCUGCUCCUGUCUAACACACUACCUCUUCUCAGCUGAUGGGAAAACUUGCUUUCCCGGUGAUGAUACAAAUGGAACAGUAACAGAAUCUGGAGACAGUGAAUCCAGCGAGCCGACUCUGUUCACAGACAAGAUGGUUUCAGACCAGGAUGAGUGUUACUCACAGCGCUGCGACGUGAAUGCAGAGUGCCUGAUUCAGGCGGGCAGUCCCACCUGCUUGUGUCUGCAAGGUUUCACAGGCGAUGGGCAGUCGUGUGUAGACAUUGAUGAAUGUAAACUGGGAACACACAACUGCAACAAAAACGAAGAGUGCCAAAACACCUUGGGGAAAUAUCUCUGCAAAUGUCGGGCUGGAUAUCACCCCAACGGACAAACUUGUCAAGAGCUGCAGGCUACAUCAUCGUCGUCGUCAUGGGUGACAACCGGUAGCCCUGCCGAUGUCACAUCCCAACACCACGACAGCAACUCGUUCGAGAGCUGCCCCUCCAGCCACGAGUCCUACUGUCUGUACCAGGGCGUCUGCUUCUACUUCCCUGAAAUGGAGUCCUACGCCUGCAACUGUCUGCCCGGAUACAUGGGCGAGCGUUGUCAGUUCAGCGACUUGGAGUGGUGGGAGCUUCAACAGGCCGAGACACAGAAGAGGAAAAACGUGGUCAUCGCCUCGUGUAUGGUGGGCCUGCUCUGCCUGCUUUCCAUCACUGCCUGUGUCACCUACUGCUACGGAACCAGAAAACUCUUCCGCAAACAGCCGUCAGUGGAUAACGUGAGUGAGACCAGCGUGACAGAUGAGAGCAUGUCAGAAACCACCACCACCAGCGUGCCUCGGUUCUACAUGCUGAUAGAAAACGGCACGGGAGGAAAAGUCGCCUCUGCUACGAGUUGUCCGCGGAGAGCCGUGUGCCCAUCGUGCUCCUCAGAGACGGGUGACGAGUCAGAAACGUUGUCCAAACACAACAGAGGGUACGAGUGUUCGAUGGCGUCGGCUGUCGCCAUGGAGGUCGACGAAUCCACAGCCUGUCAUUCAAGUCCGUCACUGUCACUAUCAAGCUCGUAUUCUUGUACAACUUUCAAACCAGCUGCCCUCUCCCAAACAACAAACCCAGAGCCGUCUGCUUCCUAGAUGGGCCGAGAGAUUAAAAUGUCUGUAAAUGAAGAGGUCCAUUCCAGCAGUAAAGGGCCAAAGUGUGACAUUAGUAGAGUUUAUUGGCAGAAAUUAAAUAUACUAACACAUAGCCUUAGCCUUUUAUACGUACUUAACGCAAGGGCCUUGCUUAAUAAAGGAUGGACAAAACAGCCAGUGUAAGCUUAAGGUGGAAAAAUUACAUCCUUUUUGGUCACUGAGGUCACUGUAGCUUGGGAAAGGUUAGGAGUGAGUGGUGGAGUCUUCCAUUUGUUGCACGCUGCAGUCUCACCAUUAGAUCUCACUAAUUAUUAUUAUUAUACACUGGACCCUUUGAACACAGAAAAUACCUGAAUAACAUUGAAAAAUUAAACUGUGGAUGAUCAUUAUCAGUGUGCUCUGGAUCGUAGUCGUAUUACGCAUUAUCGUCAAUCUCUGAUUCUUAGUUAUUCCAGGAUUUAGUGAAGAUUAGAAUACAAACGUCUUUAUUAGUUGGGUUGAAACUCGCCAUCAGACUAACUGACAACAUUUUUACUGUGUACAAUACAUGUGUACAGUCUGUUAUAUACAUUAUUAACAUACAUAUGUACAUAAUCAUGCGUCGUACAAGCUCAUGUACUUGAAUAAUAACACAAACACAGCCGAACCGGUAAAUACAGAAAAGUAAAUAUCAAUUCCACUGCUUGCUUAUGAAAAUGUCGAAUUCACCUGUGGGUGUUUCAGUGUUUGCUUAGCUUUAUGUUUCCUACUAAAAAAUAAACAACAAAUAAAAUAAAGAUUGUUUAAAAUUGGUUUUAAGUAUACUAGUACAAUUUAUCCGUCAUCUGUUAUCUUCUCGACUGCUUGAUUAGUUGUUUCCCCAACUCUCAAAAUAACAAUGUUCUCAAGUGUCUUGUUUUGUCCACAAACCAGAAAAUAUUCACAUUUAAAGAUGGCCUGAUCAAUUUAUUAAAUAUGUGACAAUGGCCCUUCAUUUGUUGGAUUAAGUGUGAUCUUAGGAGAGAAACUAGAUGCUAACUUCUUGUUUAAUUCAUAAAGGGACACAUAUUUACAACUGUAUAUACAGUAUUAUGGAGUAAUGACAAAUGCGAGGCAGUGAAGUGAUUUAAAGAGCGUAUUCUACUCUCAUUGUCUGUCACAGCACUAAUGUUCUAUAACUGGAAAAAGAGAACUGUGAAAUGAAAA